AUGACCAAUAACGACAACGUCCGCGAUGUCGGCGCCGUGUACUCCCAAGCAGAGUUCUCGUCCGCGCCUACGUUUCUCCUCAUGGACAAGCAGAGCCCUAGCAACAACGACGACAUAAUGUCAAUCAUGAUCUGCGUCGAGUCCAUUGAGUGCAACUUCUGGAAGACUAAGAAGCAAAAGAACAAGGACUGCGGCGGCUCCAUGUCGGACGAGGAAGCCGCCUUCACCGUCGGUUGCGGCGACGUCCACAAGCUUCCUCUACCACUGACUGGCACAUACGGCUCCUACAAGUGUCAGCAUGUACAUCUCAACACCUACGAGUCUUCGAGCACUGUUAGGGUUGAGACUACCCCACACGACCCAAACAAUGAUGUGCUAGUAAACCCUGCUUCCGUCGACUAA